UGUCUGUCGGUUUUAACCGGUUGUAAAAGCUGCCGAUUGACAAGUGAAUUCAUUAUUUAACUGAACACGGUGUUUUCCAUCGAGAGCAUCAGAAGAACUUCAUUUUAUUUCCCGUUGCGAAAAACACAGCCAUGAAGAGUCUUUGGACCAAAGCAGGUGUUUUAGGUUCAGUGUCCAUAGCUUUUGGCUCUAUGCUGUGGUCACAGAAAAAGACAAGUUCAGACCAGGUUGCCCCGAGCUGCACCCCUGCUGACAGAAAUCCCGGUUCUCCCUACAAACUAAAGCUGGUCCAAGUCCUGUUCCGACAUGGUGCUCGAACCCCGCUAAAGUCGAUACCUGAUGUGAUGGAGGUGCAGUGGGUGCCAACGCUCUUGGAGCCUCCAGCACACACCCACAUCAACUAUGUAGUGACAGAUCUACAUGGUGGCCCCAGACCCACAGCUCCUGUAGAAGACAGCUAUCGGAGAAACAUACUGACCGGUGGCACAUUCCCCGGUCAGCUGACCACAGUGGGCAUGCAGCAGCUGUAUGAGCUGGGCAAGAGGCUAAGGAGGAGAUACAUACAGGAGAUUCCCUUCCUCAACCCCACCUUUAGCCCAGCUGAGGUCUAUGUGCGCUCCACUAACAUUGUGAGGACCAUUGAAUCUGCUAAGUGCCUGAUAGCAGGGCUCUUCCAGCAAAAACAAAAAGAAAUUGUGCAUAUAUUAACAACGGAGGCAGAAUCUGAAAUCCUGUAUCCUAACUAUCAUGGAUGCAAGCUGCUCAAAAUCCUUGGCAGCCACCGCUGGGCAGAGUCGUCCACUCUGCCAGACAUUGCAGCAGACCUGCAGAGAAUCCAGGACGCGUUGGGCAUCGCUGCUCACCAGCACGUCGACUUCAUCCUCAUUAGGGACGACAUGGUUGCCAGAGAGACACACGGCCUGCCCUGCCCACCAGUGCUGGACACCUGGAGAAAUAAAGUAGAAAAGAGAGCUGUGGACAUGAUCUGCCAUAUCUAUGAACCCAGCAAGAGGGAGAACUUGCAGCUGUCUGUGGGACCACUCCUGCACAUAUUGUUAGCCAACAUUGAGGAGAAACUACAGGACAAAUCAUCAGAGUCAAAAAGGAAGUUGUUUUUGUACUCUGCACAUGACACCUCUUUGAUUCCCUGUCUGAUGGCUCUGGGGAUUUUUGAUAUGAGAUGGCCACCGUAUGCAGCUGAUAUCACUCUGGAGCUGCAUCAACACCAGCAGACCAACGAAGCCUUCGUCAAAGUGUCAUACAUAGGCCAGGAUCAACUUAUUCCAGGUUGUAGUGGAGUCUACUGCCCCCUGCAGGAGUUUAAACAGGCCCUCUCAGGAUACACACUGAGCUCUGAACUCUACCAUUCACUUUGUAACAACACAGAGGGUUUAACCGAGCCCUGAACCCUCAACAGACCUUCACAUCCAAACACAGUGCUACCUAUGACAAUUCACUCUUGACACUCACUUAUCAUGUUUUUUUUUUUUGUUUUUUUAACGUCCAGUUUUUACUCCAUCCAAUCACCACCGUCAUUAUACCUCACUGUCAGACCUCACUGGAGGAAAGUCCCAGAUUGCAGCCUCUUUUGGAGAUCUUUUAGUUUAUAUCAGACUUUUCAUUGCAUGAUUCUUCAUCACCAUGUAGCCAUUGCAGUCAAACGUUCCAGCUAUAGCUAAAUUAAUUUACACACAAUAACAAGUGCAUGUGCAUAAUGAUUUUGCUAUUCAGUGUAUGCCUGAUAUCAGAUGCUUAGUGCAUAGGUUUCCUUUGGAUGCGCCUUUUUUGUUUAGUGAUGAAGGGUGGUGUUACUCUGUUUCUCUUAUUGUCAACAAAUCUAAAAAGACUAAAACCAGCAAUGUUUGCCCAUCUCUCAUUAUCUUCAGAAAUCUUUAAGAACUAAUCAAAAAAUACAUAGUUUAAUUUUAAAAAGUAAUUUCUUAAAAUGACUGGACUAGUUUUCGCAAACACUACUUGAAUGUAGGGAAGAGUAAAUUGUGCCCAUGCUCACUGUAAUGAAGGGACAUGUCACCCAUUGAAGUUGUGUGGUUUCUGUAUGUGUUAUAAUAGACAACAAUAGUCGUGGAUGACACAGAGGGAUAAACUAAAUCAUGCUUUGCCAGCAUAGGCAAUACUUAUUAGUAGAAUAAACAUUGUUGGUUUUGUUUUUGGAUUUGUUGUCAAGAAAAAUACAGAAUUUUAUCAUCCUUUGUCAUCAAAGUUUAAUCUUACACUGAACUGUAUGGACAAUGUGGCAUCAUAACAGCCUGUAUAUAAUUGCUGAUGCAAUUCAGUCAUUUCAUUCCUCAGGGGAAUACUAAGCGUUUCAUAUACUGUAUCUGAUGUUUAUUAACAAAGGGGUGCAGAAAGUGGAUUGUACAUUAGUGUGUAGAUAGAUGUCUUAAUAACCAUGUAGAACCUGCAGGAAGGGAAUUAUGAUGCAACUGUACAUUUAAGAGUGUUUUUAGAUUGGCUUCUUGUGGGGAUUUGAUGAUAGUUUCAGACCACAGUAUAAUAUGUAUGCAUGAAUACAUGCCCAUUACAUAGACCUGAGUUUUACUGUGUUACAAUAACACGUAUUAUACCUCAUCAGCGGAUUUUCCCAUGACCUAAUCCCUAAAAAUAUUACAUUUGGUUUGGAUUGAUGAGGCAUAAAUAAAUAAAUUGAUCAAC